GCUCAGUCUUCGGGACACGCCUGCGCUCUGUAUGUGCCAAUAAAGCUCGUUUAAAAGAAAGGUAAAAAAAAACCCUCCAGCAGCACAGACAGAGGGAAGGGGGAGUCGGAGGGCUUAGUUGUGAGGAGGCAGCAAAGCCGUGCCAUUGCGCUCACACUGAGGAGUUGGAGGAUUAGCUGCCGGCUGGACAUCGCCACUGAGCAACCGAGGAAACCUUUUCUGCGUGUGGCUACAGGCACCCACUUACACAUGAGCCCGCUGGCAGUCCCUCUACUCACACUCCCCGGCGUUGUUGCUUCAGAUACUGAACAAGUUCCCAGGACUCUGGGAUAUGCCAGCAAUGAAUGAGCCUUUGCAGCCAGGACUCUGCUUGAUUGAAAAGCCAUUCUAGCUAGAGACAUGGCUGGUUAGUUACACGCUAGAGGAUAUUCUUAUUUCUGCUUUAUUUCGGCGUGUUAUCUCCGUUGCCAUGGCCAAACAUUGCCAGGGAGCAGCGGCAGAAGAUAUCGGCACCAUCUCGGACGAGGAGCUGCUGCGCUGGAGCAAAGAGGAGCUGGCCAAGAGGCUGAGGAAAGUGGAGAAUGAGAAGAUGAGCCUGAUGGUGGAGCAUGGCAAUAUGAUGAAAGAUGUGAACAGGAGGCUUCAGGUCCAUCUCCAUGAGAUCAGGGGGCUAAAGGAAGUCAACCAGAAACUUCAGGAUGACAACCAGGAGCUACGGGAACUCUGCUGUUUCUUGGAUGAUGACAGACAGAAGGGCAAGAAACUGUCCAGGGAAUGGCAGAGGUUUGGUAGGCACUCAGCCACUAUGAUGUGGAAGGAGGUUGGGGUUUACCAGCAGAAGCUGAAGGAGCUGGAGGCAAAGCAGGAGUCCUUAAUAAGGGACAACCUGGAGUUGAAGGAGAUCAUCCUCAUGUUAGAUGAGGAGAGGAAUGGUGCUGGGUCCAGAAGCUCCAUCGAUAGCCAAAACAGCUUGACCAAUUUGAAUGGAAGUUCUGGCCCUAGAGAUGUGGGGGACGGCAGCAGCACUUCCAGCACUGGCAGCGCGGGUAGCCCUGACCAUCACCACCAUCAUCACCACCACACAAAACCAACUGAGAACAAAGCUGGGACAGUUAGGAAAUCAACUGAUGACCUGUCCAUCCCCCCUCACCACAGAAGUAUUCCCAAUGGCUUGAAUGAUUCCUCUACGACUUACAUUCGGCAGCUAGAGACCAGAGUCAAACUCCUUGAGGAUGACAACAAGCUUUUGUCCCAGGGCUCCACUCGGGUUACACCUGAGAUUUCAUCCACUGCUCCUGCUGGCUACAUCCCUGUGGUGCAGAAACCCGAAGCAGUUGUCCAUGCAAUGAAGGUUCUUGAGGUGCAUGAAAACUUGGACAGGCAGAUGUCAGACACUUAUGAGGAAGACCUCAGUGAAAAAGAGAAGGCUAUUGUCCGAGAAAUGUGCAAUGUGGUCUGGCGAAAGCUGGGAGACGCCACUAAUUCGAAACCAUCCAUCCGACAACACCUUUCUGGCAACCAGUUCAAAGGACCCUUGUAGGAGCCAAGAAAGCUCUGAAAGAAGCAUCUCAAGAAGGCACAUUUUCCGUAAUAAAAUGUGGAUAUUGUAAAUAUGGCUGAUUAUAUUACCAGGAGGACUGGCCGAAUAUGCUGUAAAUAUGUCUGACCCCCUGAAGAGAAAAGAAUACAUAUUUUGUUAUGUAGAUCACUUGCUGUACAGACUGUAGAUAAACGAAGCUAAAAGCUGGUAGAAAGAAAAACACUAACCUGUGAAUUAGCUGUAAUCGUGGUUUCAUUUGAUAAAUUGUUUACUUAUCAUAACUUGUGUUUCUCAGUUUGCACACUGCUGUUAAAUAGAUCACUCAGAGGUCUGGCUCUGUGCUUAGGGUUAGGCACAUGUGUUUGUGGAACAAGGGGCAACAACCUGAUACUGACCAUCAUCUGUAACACUUCAACGGACCUGGAGCAUACUAAGAACUAGCCAAUAGCAAGAGUUCUUGGAAGCAAUCCCAGCAUUGUACUAGAUAUAAUAGUGGUAUAGAGUCGUUCUGGGUAGGGUAACAAUGGGAAUGUCUGGUUUCUUUAUGAUAAACCUUUCUCUAGACACAGGAGAUGUGUUAGCCAUUACCUACCACCAACUGCUACUAAGGUGAAAUGAAUCAUGGUUCUUCAUCAGAAGAAUUUUGGGAGUUAAGAAAAGAAAAGAAAAGAAAAUAGUUACAGUGAGGGUUUUUCCUGUAUAAAAUAGUGCUUUGUGAUAUUUGCAAAAGAACCGGUUGUAUCAGACCUUCAGUAGCAGGCAAGUCUGAGUGUUGGCAGAAGGGUCAAAGCAAAGUAUUUUGCUUAUUGGAAACCCACUCUAGUUCAGAUACCGUAAGUAAUGUAGAGGCAUGGAGAUAUUUGUGGCUAUAUUAUUUUUAAUUUAUUUAAAAAAAAAAAAAAAAUAUUAAAAUGUAUUAUAAAUUUUAGCUACAAGUCAGCCUAAAACUGGAAUGCAUUCAUUUAGAGAUGCACUGGGGAGCUUUGUUGGGCGAGUGUCAGAGAAUGUUCAAUUCACAUUGAAUAAUUUGUACGUGAUCCCUUUGAGGUAGUGGAAUCUUUGCCUGUAAAAGGGAUGUCGACUUUCCCUGACACUCAUCACUAGCAGGUAGUUAUAUAUCAAAGAUUGUCCCAUUGAAAAACACAAGCACUACAAAGCAGAAUUACAGUUUUGGGUUUUCCAGGAGAAUAAUCCUAUUGUUUCCACUGGAAUUUAUUUUGUUGCCAACUGUGUCCCUGAUAAUGUUUGAUAUAUGAUCACAUGAGCUGAAACAAAGCUCCAGCUGAAAAGUUCUGUGUGUUACAUUGGCCUUCAGCCUAUCCAGGGACGUGGUCAGACAGCUUCUCAGGUUGUUUAAGGAACAGUCUGUGUUCCCCUAGGUACCCAUGGCUACAUAAUGCACUUUGGCAGCAAAGUCAGUCUCAAUGCCACAAACUCUCCGGAGACGUUAAACAGAAAUAGCCUUAAAGCUGCAUGAGACUCUGUCCAGGCUUUUAGGCCUACUGAAGGCCCCUGCAUCCAGCAGUUUAGAGUCUCAUUUAGUUUGGCUUGAUGUUAAGGAUUCAGCUAAAUCCUAUGUGUUGGGAUUCAGUCACAGUAUUAGUACACUCUGUAUACGAUUCAUAGGACUCAUGAGAUGGAUCCAGUUUUAUUCAUUUAUUCCAUGAGACCAAUAGGACUCUGGCAAAUGAUCCGUUAAUGACACUGCUGGCUUCCACAUGGGGCGUCACUGGUAGCAGCCGCCUUACCAGCAUGUUAACUAGAAUUAUUAUUUCAGUAACAAGAUAUUUCUUUUUAAUGUGUGAAAUGAAUUUAGUUUAUUUUAGACAGGAAUGGCAGAAAGUCCUGGGUGGGUUUGAUGUGUUGCUACAUAUCGGAACAAGCAGUGCACUACAUGGUAUCAUUCGGAGCAUUAUUCACUCUGCUCCCCCUGUAGGGCAUGGCGACAAGUUCUGCUUAGUUCAACCCUUUUCAGGGAGCUACAGACUAUGUGCAAAUAGAAGCCUAAUUCUCUCUAUAUUUCUAUAUACAAUAUAUAUAUAUAUGUGCAUAUAUAGCAAAUUGAUUCCUAGAGGAAUUUUUUUUAUUUUUUUCUAAAUAAAAGAAAAAAGACAAAAAGAAACCAAAUGAGGAUCUGGCCUUUCCAUUGUGAGGAAUUAUGGCAGUGUAUUUGAUUUCUGUUCAAAUAUUUGUUAUUGCAAUUUUAGAUUCCCCCCAUAGUUUGGGAUUCUUAUUUUAUUCAAGCAAUUGCUUAUUAACUGAGAGAUAUAAAUCCGUAUGUUGAGAUUAAAAAAGCAAAGGUGUUUUAUUUCUAGCAUUUUAGGAAUUUUUGGGUAGGUUUUAAAGGAUUAGUAAACCUUAAAAAUUCUGAAUGUAAAUAUGCUCAUGGUGCAUUUCUAAGCAACUUUGCAAUUGACAUUUAUUUUUUUCAGUUUCAGAGCUAUUUGAGUUUUUAUUAACUGCCAAUAAAAUAAUUUUGUAACUUCGCCACCUGCUGGUCAGUUCCUGAAACUGUACAGUGAAGGAGAGGUACCUUCAGAAGGAAAACAGAGAAAGUGUUCUGAUGUUGCUUUGCUCAGGAAAGAGAUCAGUAGUCUCAGAUGCCCUUGCCCAUCUCCUUCCUGAGCAGUGGAUUCUGGCUAAUUCCAGAGAAGCUGCUGGAAGAUGCCGUAGACAGUCACUAUUUACUGGGAUGCUAUUUUGGCCUUUGUGUACUUGAAAUUCCAGGGUCUUUGACUGUACAUUUGGAUGUCUUUGACUGUACAUUUAGAGGAGCUGACCAGCAGGUGGUGCAGUUGAUACAAAACUUAUAUUGGCAGUUAUUAAAAAACAUAAAUAACACUUCGACUAAAAAAAAUGUAAUAUGAAUUUCAAAAGUGCUAAGAAAAGCACCCUGAGCAAUCCUUUCACUCUCAGAAUUUCAAGGUAGCAUAACCUUCUGGACGGGACAGUAAAUAACAAAGAAACGCUUUUCUGCAUUUGGCCGCCGGUGCAUGCAGUGCCAUCCAGUUGCAAUGGAUUGCGCACCAAUCGGCCCAUCUCAGUAGCUAAUUAAAAGGUGCCAGUGCAUUUGCACUUUGGAUUUCAAGCCACAAAGUAACAGGUUUUAUUUAAUAUUCCAGUGAGAAAUGAUUUGAUUUGCCAUCACAAUACCUCCAACAAAAAGAAAUGGCUUAAAAGAUAGGGCAUCCUAUCCACGGCCAUAAGCUGUAUCUGCUCAUAUUGUACUGUGGCACCAGCAGUAGCAUACACUGAUUCUUUUUAGUACAUUUAUGCUGUUUCGCUUGGGGUGUCUGACAUUAGUUUAUUACCUCUUCAUUAUCACAACACUGGAUGCCCCUUUUGUAUAUAGUGGGGGAGAUGUACCGCUAGCAGAUCACCAGUGGCAAGUGUAGAUACACAGUCCCCAAGGGAUUAGACAGAGCACAAACCUUGUUCACAGUGAUUGUAUUAUGAGAGUGUUUCCUGAUAGAACUCAUUUGUUUUAUGCUUACAAACCCAUUAUAGACAUCUCCAUAUGCUUCUCUCUGUAAGUAAAGAUACACAUAAAAACUCCCAGGCAGACCUGUAAUAGGAUCAUGGGUUAUCUAUCCUUUCCUUACAGUAUGUGGCGGCUGUGUGUUGUACAAGGAGAGAGCUUUCCUCUUUGGCAAUGGUUUUAUUCUAAGCCAAGUGUUCAGUUCAGCAAUGCUGCCCUCGUGUGUAGAAAGUACUUAAUGGAAAGAGAAUUCUUUUGUUAUUUCAACAAUUCUACUCCUCAAUCCAAACCUUCCCUUUCUCUGCUUUGUUAAAGACAAUAACCUAUGGUUUAUUUUUCCCCCCCAAUGGCUCAGAUUAAAGAGGUUUUUUUUGUUUAUUAGAA